CCCCGGUUCUCCGCUCAGCCUGGCGGCCCGGGCAGCCUCCUGCGCACCCCAUGCCGGCCCCGCUGCUCCUCGGGACCCUGCUGCUCCUGGCCUCGGCCGCCGGCCCCGCCGCGGCGCGCCCGCCCAACGCCACGAGCGCCGAGCCGCCGGGCCCGCUGCCCGCGCUGCUGGCGCACCUGCGGCGCCUCACCGGGGCGCUGACGGGCGGCGGCGCGGGGGGCGCGGGCGCCAAUGGCACGCGGGCCGGCCCCGCGGGCGGCGCGGGCGCGGCGGCGCGGGCGCCCCCUCCGGCGGAGCUGUGCCACGGCUACUACGACGUGAUGGGCCAGUACGACGCCACCUUUAACUGCAGCACCGGCUCCUACCGCUUCUGCUGCGGCACCUGCCACUACCGCUUCUGCUGCGAGCACCGCCACAUGCGCCUGGCGCAGGCCUCCUGCUCCAACUACGACACGCCGCGCUGGGCCACCACGCCGCCGCCCAUGGCCGGGGGCGCGGGGGGCGCGGGGGGCGCGGGCGGGGGGCCCGGGCCCGGCCAGGCCGGCUGGCUGGAAGGCGGCCGGGCGGGGGGCAACGGGAUGCGCGGGGGCGAGGGCCCCGGGGGCAGCACGGCCUACGUGGUGUGCGGGGUCAUCAGCUUCGCCCUGGCCGUGGGCGUCGGGGCCAAGGUGGCCUUCAGCAAGGCGUCCCGCGCGCCCCGGCCGCCCCGGGACAUCAACAUGCCCAGGUGUGUGCGCCCCGGCAGACGGGGCGCUGGUGGACAUGCUGAGGCAUCAGGCGGGACCCGGGACCUGUCCGGACCGAGCUCGGAGCAGCUCCUUGACCCCGGGGGUCGGGGGUCCCGACAGUAUGGCCCCGAGGACGCCCAAGAACCUCUACAACACCAUGAAGCCCUCCAACCUCGACAACCUGCACCACAACUACCUGCACCUGAACGUCAGCAGCCCCACGCACCACGCCACCACGCUGGACUGGAGGGCCGCCCCACCGCCCAGCCCCAACCUGCAUUACUCCACGCUGUCCUGCUCUCGGUCCUUCCACAACCUCUCGCAUCUGCCCCCCUCCUACGAGGCUGCGGUGAAAUCCGAGCUCAACCGCUACUCCUCCCUCAAGAGGCUGGCCGAGAAGGACCUGGACGAGGCGUACCUGAAGCGCUGGCACCUGGGGGACGUGCCCCGCGGGACGCUGCCCCUGCACACGCUGCGGCGCCCGGGCACCGGCGGCGGCUACCGCGCGGACUGGGGCGGCGCCGACGAGCUGGGCCCGGCGCCCGCGCCCCACCCGCGGCGCGUCAUGUCACAGGAGCACCUGCUGGGCGACGGCGGCCGCUCGCGCUACGAGUUCACGCUGCCGCGCGCGCGCCUGGUGUCGCAGGAGCACCUGCUGCUGUCCUCGCCGGACGCCCUGCGCCAGAGCCGCGAGCACCUGCUGUCCCCGCCGCGCAGCCCCGGGCCGCCCGACUCCGCCCGCGCCGGCCUGGCCGCCUCGCACUCCAACCUGCUGCUCGGGCCCGGCGGGCCGCCCACGCCGCUGCACGGGCUGCCGCCCGGCCUGCACGCGCACCACCACCACCACCUGCACGCGGCGCAGCCGCCCUGGCUGGCGGACGCGGGCGGCGGGGGCGCGCUGGCCGGCCGGCCGCCCUUCCAGCGCCAGGGCACGCUGGAGCAGCUGCAGUUCAUCCCGGGCCACCACCUGCCGCAGCACCUGCGCACCGCCAGCAAGAACGAGGUGACGGUCUGAGGCCGGGGGCGGGGCUGCGGCCCGGCGGGCCCUCCCCUCCCCUCCCCUGCCCCGCUAAGCCCGGAUCCCAGACGCACCCCAGGGCCCGGACCGGAUCCGCCUGCGGCCUCUGCGGACACUGCUUUGAAUGGACUCGUCACCCAGCGGAGACCAGGCCUCUUCCUAGAAUGUCACAGCAGCUGAGACCCCUCCUCCUAUGUCACUGUUUGAGGCAAGAGCUCCUUCCCAUGACGUCAUCACAGAGGAAGAGGCUUGCCCGUGAGGUUGUGGCUGGCCACAAGGUCAACACCGGGGCCAGACCUUCCCAUGAGGCCAUCGCAGGGGAAGAGGCCCAGCCCUGAGGUCAUCCCUACAGGCCAUGUCCCAUGAUGUCAUCACACACUCCCUUCUUGUGACGUCAUGGCUGGCGGAGACAACGCCUUGUCCUAUGGCGUCAUCCCUGGAGACUGAGCGUUCCUUCCUGAGAUGGCAGUGCAGAGACCAGUCUCGCCCCAUGACAUCCCUUCUGGCCCCCGAAGGCCUCUCUUGACAUCAGCAUCGUCCGCAGGAAAACCCUUUCCUCCAGGGAAGAUGCCUCUGCCUGUGACGUCAUCCUUCAGACAAAGCCAUCUUGCUGGUACACGCUCCGCAGGGGCCGGCCUCGAGGCCCCGCCCUUCCCGUGACGUCAUCACAGGACUCGCCUCCUUCCUGCCUGUGAUGCUACCACCAGAGAAGGUGCCUUCCCGAAGACAUCAUCCGAGGGACCGUGCCUCUUCCGGGGGAUCUGUCGCCAGAGCUGAGAGCCCUUCUGUGAUGUCACCCCAGGACCCUGCGGCUCUGAGCGUGAGACCCCUCGCUGCCGGGUGUGCCCGGGGUCCCUGAGGAAGUGCUCCGACCUGAGGGGUCACCAGAAGGCAUGCCAUGGCUGGGGAGGCUGCCUCACCUAGAGGUCUCCCCAAGGUGUUUGCAAUGAGGACCCCCACUCCCGUCUGAGGCUGGGUCCCCAUGCUGUGAUGUCAUCACCAGAGACACUGCCCGCCCUGGGGGGCCGUCACCCGUGAUGGCGUCACCAGUUUCUGCCUUGUCCCGCCGAG